AUGUUUGAAAUUAAGAAGAUCUGCUGUAUUGGUGCAGGCUAUGUUGGUGGGCCAACAUGUAGUGUCAUUGCACAUAUGUGCCCUAAAAUCAAGGUUACAGUUGUUGACGUUAAUGAAGCUAGAAUCAAUGCCUGGAACUCUGAUACACUUCCAAUUUAUGAGCCAGGGCUAAAAGAAGUGGUAGAGUCCUGCCGAGGAAAGAAUCUCUUCUUUUCCACCAGUAUUGACGAUGCCAUUAGAGAGGCUGAUUUGGUAUUUAUUUCUGUUAACACCCCAACAAAGACCUAUGGGAUGGGAAAAGGCCGGGCAGCUGAUCUGAAGUACAUUGAAGCAUGUGCUAGGCGGAUUGUACAGAAUUCAAAUGGUUAUAAGAUUGUCACUGAGAAAAGCACAGUCCCAGUACGUGCAGCAGAGAGUAUUCGUCGGAUAUUUGAUGCCAAUACAAAACCUAAUUUGAAUUUGCAGGUGUUGUCUAACCCAGAAUUCCUAGCAGAAGGAACAGCUAUCAAGGACCUAAAGAACCCAGACAGAGUGCUGAUUGGUGGAGAUGAGACUCCAGAGGGACAGAAGGCAGUCCGUGCGCUAUGUGCUGUGUAUGAGCACUGGGUUCCCAAAGAAAAAAUCCUCACAACCAAUACUUGGUCAUCUGAGCUUUCCAAACUGGCAGCUAAUGCUUUCCUUGCCCAGAGAAUCAGCAGCAUUAACUCAAUCAGUGCUCUGUGUGAAGCUACAGGAGCUGAUGUUGAAGAGGUAGCAAGAGCCAUUGGAAUGGACCAAAGAAUAGGAAAUAAGUUUCUGAAGGCCAGUGUUGGAUUUGGUGGUAGCUGUUUUCAGAAGGAUGUUCUGAAUUUAGUGUACCUUUGUGAGGCUCUGAACUUGCCUGAAGUAGCUCGCUAUUGGCAACAGGUGAUAGACAUGAAUGAUUACCAGAGAAGGAGAUUUGCUUCCCGUAUUAUUGACAGCUUGUUUAACACGGUCACUGACAAGAAGAUUGCUAUUCUAGGAUUUGCAUUCAAAAAGGAUACAGGAGAUACAAGAGAGUCUUCCAGUAUUUACAUUAGCAAGUAUUUAAUGGAUGAAGGAGCAAAACUCCAUAUAUAUGACCCUAAAGUACCAAGGGAACAGAUCAUCCUGGAUCUCUCACACCCAGGUGUCUCAGAAGAUGACCAAGUGUCUCGUCUGGUCACUAUUAGUAAAGAUCCAUAUGAAGCCUGUGAUGGCGCUCAUGCCCUGGUUAUCUGCACUGAGUGGGACAUGUUUAAGGAACUGGAUUAUGAGCGCAUUCACAAAAAAAUGCUGAAACCAGCUUUCAUCUUUGAUGGUAGGAGAGUUCUAGAUGAUCUUCAUAAUGAGCUACAAGUCAUAGGCUUCCAGAUUGAAACAAUUGGGAAGAAAGUGUCCGCAAAAAGAAUUCCUUUUGCUCCUUCAUGUGAAAUUCCAAAGUUCAGCCUGCAGGACCCACCUGUCAAAAAACCCAGAGUAUAA